UUCUCAAAUUUUCCAGUUAACAUUCUUGACAUUGCAGAAAAAUCUUGUGAUCAUAUCUGAAGAGAAUGAAGACUCUUCUUGCUGUUAUUUUCUCUGCAUGUGUAGCCUUCAAUGAAAUCGCUGGACAAGACAUGGGAGCAGGAGGGAUGGGACAAGGAGGGAUGGCCUCAGGAGGGACGGGUGCAGGAAGUGGGGGAGGAGGAGGAGAAGGAGGAGGAGCAUUGAUGAGUCAAAUGAUGAUGAUGCUUCCUAUGCUCCUGCCUAUGAUGAUGCCUAUGAUGAUGGGAGGGAUGAACCCAAUGACAGGAGGAAUGGAUCCUUAUGGAAAUAAUAUGAAUCAAAAUGGAAGACACCGACGACAUAAGCAGCCGUUUCACGAGCACAGCCAUUAUCAUUCUUCUGGAGGGGAGGGACACUACCAUGAAGUGCCUCUGGGACAUUUUAAUGAAGGACCCGGACAUUUUGGAGAAGGGCCGGGACAUUUUGGCGAAGGGCCAGCACAUUAUAAUGGAUAUAAUGGAUAUAAUGGAGGCGUUGCGCCAAUUCAACGUCCUUCAUAUCCUACUGAUACACGCAAGGGCGCUCCUGUAGACAACUUCGGAGGAGGUUUCGCACGUUACCCUGAAAAUGGAUUUGCAAAUGCUCUACGCCAUUUUCCUAUAAAAGGGUAAUUUUAAUGAAAAAGGGCAUCAUGAAGCAAAAGCACAUAUUAAAAGUUUUCUGUUUCAAUUUCGGAUGUGGAUUGCCUAUGAAUCCUGAUUUUUUUUUCACGCACUCACCCUGUUUCUCCUUCAAGAUCUCGCAAAUUAACGUUAAAGUUAUAAGAUAUUUUAUUACAAACUUUUAGCAUUUAAACCGUGUUUUGAUUGCGCAAUAAUUUUAAAAUAAAGCACUACUUACUUUGUCAAUUUUUUCUAUUUUAUCACACUCACACAAACACACAAUGACGACAACAGAAUCUGGUGGUAUAAAAUAUUUUGUGCGCGCACGUAUAACUUUAACGUUAAGAACUAGUAAUAGUUUUGCACCUCUGAGAGCACCAACCACAAGGGAAUUAGUUCAAACGAAUAUUUUCUGUGCUCUCGUUGCAGCUCCCUUUUGAGGUCUUGAUACUUCUUUCUCCUUUUCCUUCAUGUUGGCAGUGUUGAAAAAAGUUUUCCGGAAAUCUACAUAACAAAAUGAGGAUCGUAAUUACCACCCUGCUUCUCGCCGUCGUGAUUUUUUUACAUUUUGGUGAAAUGAGUACAAUGGAAAAUGAGGAAUCAAGUGCAGGAUCCUCGCGCAAGCGCGGGCGCCCAGUCGGAUGCGAGAGCAGGCGCAACGAGAGCGGGCAAGUAUACGGGAAAUUUCG